AUGGCAGAAACUUAUAUGAAAUUUGUGACUCCAUGUCAAUCUUUCAUAGAUACUUCCUUCUUUCAAGAGCUGGCAAGACUCAAAUUAGAUGUUUUGAAGUUAGAUUCAUCGACUAAGGAGCUUACUAGUUACAUCGACACUAGACAGAUUCCGAAGGGAUCUGCUUGUGCGCAUUUAUUUUUGAGUGAUCAAAGCUUUGACAGCACAAUCUACAACGAGGUAGGAGUUCCCAUACGAGGCUUUUUGUACAAUUACAACACUAUUGGGCAAUUCAAGGAAAUAGAUAAAACAGCUUUUCUUCACCAGCGGGCCCUGGAGGCGUUUCAAAGAGGCAGAGAAAACCCGAACAGCUGCGUGGAGUUUUCCGUUAUUAGUUUUGCCGAUCUAAAGACUUACAAGUUCUUCUACUGGGUAUGUGUCCCUUGUUUCCAAACCGAAUCGCUGCACCUUACAAAUCUGGCCAGUGGGCCGCUACAAAACUGGAACAAGUUUAAUGACUGGUUUGAAAACCACCCGGGAAUUUGGUCUUGUCUGAGCAACGAUUCUGGUGAGCUUCUAGAAUUUUCAAGGGAUCACACGGCCAAUUGUACAUCGCUUGUAAUCAGGGACACAAGCAAGAUUGAGAUGGUACCUUCUGCCUUUACUAAAAACUUUGUCUCUCUUCUUAAAGACUUCAGACCAGAACUGGAAAAAGUACGAUUGGUAUUGGCAAGAGCGGAGGAGAAAUCGAGUUUCUGGAUAGAUGUUAAACUAGCCUCCAAAAUGGGCUCUCUUUCCUCCUCCCUGAAAGUUACCGGUUGGGAAAGAAAUUCUCAGAACAAGUUGACACCAAGAGCUACGGAUCUGAGCUCGCUAAUAGAUCCUUUGCAAAUCGCAGAUCAAUCUUUGGAUCUUAACCUAAAGCUUAUGAAAUGGCGUGUAGCACCCGAAAUCGAUCUAGACGUUAUUAAAAAGACCAAAGUUUUAUUGCUGGGGGCCGGAACCCUUGGGUGUUACGUUGCGCGCGUGUUAUUAGCAUGGGGGGUUAGAGAGAUUACGUUUGUGGAUAAUGGCACCGUCUCAUAUUCCAAUCCCGUACGCCAACCACUGUUCACAUUUGAAAGUUGUGGUAAGCCGAAGGCAGCUGCAGCAGCGGAGUCUUUGCGCCAAGUUUUUCCCCUCGUUCACGCAAGAGGAGUAGAGUUGCGGGUUCCCAUGAUAGGACAUCCAGUUACCAUUGAAGAGAAAGAGCACCAGGAUUUUGAGACUCUUGUGGAACUUGUGCGAACCCACGAUGUCGUGUUUUUGUUGAUGGACUCCCGGGAGACUAGGUGGCUUCCAACUGUGCUAGGGUGUGCCGAAAACAAAGUCGUAAUCAACGCUGCACUUGGUUUCGAUAGCUAUUUGGUUAUGAGACACGGAAUGUACAACACACUUGACGAAUAUCGUUUAGGCUGCUAUUUCUGCCAAGAUGUUGUCGCGCCCAGCGACAGCCUCACAGAUCGUACCCUCGAUCAGAUGUGUACUGUGACCAGACCUGGAGUCGCACUCAUGGCAGCUUCGCAGAGUGUAGAACUCUUGAUAUCUGUGCUGCAGCACCCGGACCGCAACACGAAUGAUGCUUCUGCCCAGACCUUUCUCGGCGACCUUCCACAUCAAAUUCGCGGUUUUCUCAACGAGUUCAAAACACUCCAAUUAAGAAGUCCGUCUUUCGAACAUUGUUCAGCUUGCAGCUCAUCAGUGGUGGAGCAAUUCAAAUCAAAAGGAUGGGAGUUCGUUGUUAACGCUCUGAACAAUUACAAAUAUAUAGAAGAUUUGUGUGGUCUCACUGAUGUGCAAGCCCAGGCAGAGCAAGCUAUAAGCGAAGUGUUUGACGAAUGGGAAGAGGAAUUGGAUGAUGCUGUCCUCUUAUGA